AUGGCUGAUGUUGGUGUUGCACCUGAAGCAGGAGGAGCUUCAAAUCCAAAUGACCUUUUAUCCCCUCCAAAACAAGUUGAUAUAGAACAAGCUCCAUCGCCAGAAGAAGCAUUAGAACCAAAUAAAAUUAAACAAUUGAAAAAAAAUGCACAUCAAGAUAAUCAACUUAAUUCACAUUCAAAAUCAAAUGGGAAUGCUCAAAAUGGACAAAUAUCUAAUAAUAAUGAUCAUAAAGAUUUACCUAAUCCAUCAAUUGGUGAUGGUUUUCAUAAAAAUGUUAAUGCACGUCAAUCAGAUUUUAAUGAAAAAGACCCUACAUAUUUAAACAGACCACUUGUACCAUCAGCUUCAGCUCAAUCAGAAAAUAAAUCAAUACAAAAGAAUAAAUCCAAUGAAUCAGAAUCAAAACAAAAUAUUGAAGAUAAUGAAAAAUCUGCAGUUUUUGGAAAACAAGAUAAUGCAGGUUUAAAACCAAGCCCAGAUUUUGAUAUGUCUGAUGUUAAAAGUAAACCACCACCAAGACAACCAGUGGAUCCAACAUUUAGAGGAUGGAAAGAAGUCGGAGGAUAUGAAGCUGAUGAUGCCUUAACUGCAGCUGAUGAAUCAGUUGAUUUAUUAUCAAAGGGAUCUAUAUUCGAUCAAUAUUUACCAGCUAUAAUGUAUGGUGAUUGGUAUCAUAAUACAGCUUAUUUAAUUUUAGGAGGUCUUUUAUCAUGGAUUGUAGGAUGGUUUAGAUUUUCAGUUGCACCAUUAUUUUUUAUAAUGGUUAUAUUUUCAUUAUUAUAUCGUGCAUCAGUUAAAAAAUAUAGAGGUAUAUUAAGAGAACAAGCUCAAAGAGAAUUUUCAGUUAAACAAAUUGAAGAUGAUUAUGAAACUAUGGAUUGGUGUAAUUACUUUUUGGAGAAAUUUUGGUAUUUCCUUGAACCUUCUAUUUCACAAAUUGUUUGUGAUCAAGCAAAUCCUAUUAUGGCUGGUUUACCUAUUCCAGCUUUUGUUUCAGCAGUUUGGUUAGAUACAUUUACUUUAGGAACAAAACCCCCAAGAAUUGAUAAAGUAAAAACAUUAAUUGGAACAGCAGAUGAUGUUGUUGUAAUGGAUUGGGGUUUUUCAUUUACACCAAACGCUAAUGUUGAUGCUAAUAAUAAACAAUUAAAAAAUAACGUUAAUGAAAAUAUUGUUGUUAAAGCAACUGUAUUUGGUGUUACAUUACCAAUAACAAUUGCUGAUGUUUCAUUUAAGGGUUUAGCUAGAAUCAGAUUAAGAUUAAUGACUUCUUUUCCGCAUGUUGAAACAGUUAAUGUAUCAAUGAUCAAACCUCCACAAUAUGAUUUUAACACCAAAAUUUUGGGUGAAGCUUCUUGGUGGUGGGAAGUUUUAGCAUUUCCUGGUUUAUAUCCUCUUAUUAAUGAAAUGGUUAAAAAAUAUGUUGGUCCCAUUUUGUUUAACCCAAUGUCUUUUCAAUUAAAUGUUCAACAAUUAUUAGCAGGUAAUGCUUUAGAUUCUGCUAUUGGAGUUUUAGCUAUAAAUGUUCAUUCGGCAAGAGGAUUGAAAGGUUUUAAAACUCUUGGAAAUACAUUAGAUCCUUAUUUAACUUUUGGAUUUAGAAAUAAAGUGUUAGCAAGAACAAAAACUAUUAGUGAUACAGAUGCACCAAAAUGGGAUGAAACAAUUUAUGUUCCGGUUUCAUCAUUAUCAGAACCAUUAACCAUUAGUGUUAUUGACUAUAAUGAUUUUAGGAAAGAUAGACAAGUUGGUGCUGUUCAAUUUGAUUUAGAGGCAUUAAUUGAUAAUCCAAAACAACCUAAUCUUACUGCAGCAUUCUUGAGAAAUAAUAAACCUGUUGGUGAACUCAGUUUCGGUAUUAAUUAUAUGAAAACUUUAGAACCUGAAAAACAAGCUGAUGGUGCUACUACUCCACCACCAGAUUUGAAUACCGGUAUUGCAAGAAUUGAAGUUGUUGAAGCCAGACAUUUGAAAGGUGGUGAUAAAGGAGCAUCAACUAGUGCUGAACUUAUAUUUGAUAAUAAAACUGUUAUUGAAACUCCAGUUCAAAAAAAUACAAAUACACCAGGUUGGGGUGCUACAACUGAACAAAUUGUUUUUAAUAGAGCAAAAGCAAAAGCUAAGUUAUUGAUCAAAGAUCAAAAUGGAAAAGUUAUUGGUAAAAUUUCUCAUACAUUAAAUGAAUUAAUUGAUGCUACUCAAGUUGAGCAAACUUGGUUUCCAUUGAGUAAAGGUGGUGAAGUUAGAAUCAAUACUACUUGGAAACCAGUGCAAUUAGAGGGUGCAAGUGGAGCUGGUGGUUACACUAAUCCAAUUGGUGUUAUUAGAGUUGAUAUCGAACAUGCAGAAGAUUUACGUAAUUUAGAAACUAUUGGUAAAAUUGAUCCAUAUGCAAGAAUAUUAAUUAAUGGAUUUGAAAAAGCAAGAACGGCAGCAGUUGAUUCAUCAUUAGAUCCUACUUGGAAUGAAGUACAUUAUGUUAGUAUAUCUUCACCAAAUCAAAAAUUAACAAUUGAAGUUAUGGAUGUUGAAUCUCAUUCUGCUGAUCGUACUUUAGGUUCAUUUGAUGUUAAAUUAAAUGAAUUCAUUCAAAAAGAUGAAAGAGGACAAUAUAUUGAACAUGUUGAUAAAAAACAAAGAACUAAUAAAUUAAUUUCGAAAAAGGGUCCAAAAGGUUCAGUUACAUAUACAUUAUCAUUUUAUCCAUGUUUACCAGUUAUGACAUUACAAGAUUAUAAAGAUGAAGAAGAGGAUAAAAAGAAUGCAGAAGAAGAAAAGAAGAAAUUAGAAGAUCUUAAACAAGAUAGUAAAGCUCCAUCAGGUAUGGAAAGUUCAGAUGAAUUAAAACAACAAGAAUCUAAAGAUAAGAAUGAAAUUGAAGAAGAUGAUGAAGAUGAAGAAAGUUAUGGUCAAAAAUUAAGAUUAUCAUUAGAUCAAUUGAUUGCUUAUAAGAGUGGUAUUUUAGUAUUUGAAAUUAUAAAAGGAACUAUACCUAAAAAUGAUACAUAUUUACAAGUUUAUUCAGGUAAUCAAGGUUAUCCUGAUUUUAUAUCUGAAAAAUUAACUAAAAAAGAAUCCAAAAUUGAAAUAACAGGAGAUUCAACUAUAACUGAAUUAGAAUGGUCUAAAACUUGUUUUAGAUUAGUUAAAGAAAAAAGUGAUAAUAGAGUUGAUAAAUGUGUUGCAGAAUUAACUAUUCCAACAUUACAAUUAUUAAAAAAUGGUUAUGAUAAACCAAUGUCAAUUCAAUUAGAAGGAUCAGGAAAUGCUUCUUUUGAAAUUCGUUUUUCUUGGGUUCCAUUAAUUUAUCAAUCUGGAAUUCCACCACAAGAUUCUUCUGAUAAUUCAGGUAUAUUAACAAUUAAUGUUGAACAUGCAAAAGGAUUACCAGCAUCAGAUAGAAAUGGAUUUUCUGACCCUUUCAUAAAAUUAUAUUUAAAUACUGAAAAAAAUUCAUUUUUCAAAACUAAAACAAUUAAAAAGACUCUUGAUCCUAAAUGGAAUCAAAAAACAACUGUUGAAGUUGCUAAUUUAUAUGAUUCGGUUUUAAAAUUUGUAUGUUAUGAUUGGGAUAUGGCUGAUGCUAAUGAUUUAUUAGGUACUGGAUUAGUUGAUUUAAAUAAAUAUGAUAUGAAAAAAGGACCAGUUGAAGUUGAAAUUCCAUUAGAAAGUGAAGAAGGUGAUCCAGCAGGAUUUGCAUAUGCUGAAUUAUCUUUUAAACCUGAAUUUGUAUUAAACGUUAAACCAAAAUCACAGACUGGUAUUGGCCAAGUAGGUCAUGGUGUUGGAACUGUUGGAAAAGGAGUUGCUGGUGCUGGAAAAGGUAUUGGAAGUUUAGGAUUUAAAGGUGCAAGUAAAGGUGUUGAAGCUGGUUAUGGAGCAGCAAAAGGUGUUGUUAAGAAGAUUUUUUAA